GUGCUCUGUGACAAUCCCUGAGAUGCCGAGUUACGCAGAUACAAGGAUCCAGCAUGACAGUGACCUACAGAUAGUGUGUGUAUAAAGGAAUCGGGCCCAACGACAACUGAGCCGGAACACGGUAGAAUGAUUCGUACGUGGUUCAUCCUAACGAUGUUGCUAGUUGGCGUAAAGUCAUCGGAAGUCCAAACUGGAAGUACAGGAUUGAAAAAUGUACUUUGCAGACUCUGUGAAACCCUAUUGAGUGUUCUGAAAACGGACGAAAAGGCAAGGAACGAGCUUAAGACACGGAUAGAAAAUGCAUGCAUUAACUUCCAGGUCCUCGCAAAGGUGUGCCCUUCCAUCUCGGGGAAGUUCAUCUCUGAGACAGUGAAAAUGCUUCAAGCGAACGAACCUAAAGAUAUAUGCAAGUCAUUCACACUUUGCUAGUGGGAUCAGGAUGCGGAGGCAUUCGCUGAAUAAGUAUAAUCAACAAGCACAAGUAUCCUUGUCAAUGUUGUGUGCUUAAGAACACACUGCCCAACUUUUUUUUCUAAUAAAUUGUUUUGCUCACUGACUAGCGGCAGAGUCUUU